AUGGAGGCAACCACUUCAAAAAUACCGGCAUACCCAGAACAGCUGCUACUCAAGACGAAGAAUCGAUUGAAUACGGCUCAUGCGGCACUUCGAAGCAAAGGAUCGCUGAAAGUUGAAGAACUUUUGAAAGAAUUCCCCGAUCGCGAAUUCUACUUUGAACAGGGCACUCCGCUUGAAUUCCUCCGAAGUUUCAUCUUGCAAAAUGGUCACAUUUUCACGUUGGAUCGGCGGAGCGACAAGGUGAAAAACCGGCGAAACGAAUACAGGGAUAAGCUGUUUGAGGUUGUUGCCAAGCUCAUCGAGCGAGUAGAAGUCGAAACAGCCGAAUUUCUUGAGUGGUUGCCUACAUCGGACGACAGCACAGAUCCGCUAGAGCUAAAUUGCUAUGAAGACGAGGAGCCGGGAUAUAAAGCCAAGGUUUUGCUCCACAGACACCGCGAGAUAUUUGUGGAACGAGGCCGCAUCGGUCUACAUGAAGAUACACUCGCCAACUCGCCAGCUUUAUUCGAUUCAACGCUUUUUCCUGAGCUGCAGCCUGACCAAGCCGGAAAACAGAUUGUCCGGGAUCACAGCCAGCUCUAUCGACUCCGCGCCCAGAUUAUCGACGGGAGCUUCACGUUUUUGAAGGCCAUCAUUCUGGAGCCCCCGUUCGCCGGCAGCAAAAUCUCGAUAAUGCCGCACCAUCUGGAGAACGAGGAGCGCCGAAUGUGCGACAUGUAUCCGAUUGGGAGUUUGACCGAAAUCACGUGCAUCACCACCCACAACGCGGCUUGUCAGUUCUUGGCGACGAAGGUAGAGCCGAUCUGCAGCGCGCGAAAGAAUAAUGUGUUUUGUUUACCGCCGCAACAAGCAAGCAAGCGCCGCGUGGCUGUGUAUGGCGAUAAGGCGCCGUGGUUCAGCCGUUACUGGAUGGUGAAGGGCGCGCUGCCGAAUGCUUGUAUUUUGAGUCAAUUGACUGAUCAACAGGAAGCCGAACGAACCGAAAGAUGUCGGAUUGCUUUAAUAACUUCGCUACUACCGCGAGUCGAGCGGCCACUCGCCGAAAUGGCGGCAAUGACGAUGCUGACCCUCGUUCCGAACACCGAGCCCCCAUUCCCCUCCGUACCUCAGCAUCGCCCGCUCGAGCUUUUCGACAAGCACGACUACCUCGUCUACUUCAUCCAACAUCACCCGCAUUUAUGGCAAAUCUAUGAGAAAGAAGACGACCUCGAGCUGAACCAACAAGGCAUCGACAUGGUCCGCGCGUAUGGCCCACGUCAACGAGCGCGUUUUUUGGAGUUGUUGCGUAUCGUGUCGGAGGCGGAUCCGAAUCGCGGUGUAAAAUUUGAAGAGGUGGUCAACAAAUUCCACGCCGCGUACCCGCACACAUUGGAAUCGCAAAUUCAGGGCUGGCUCCACACGAUGGGCACGAUUGUGACGAAACGCUGGGAUAGCGAAGAAAAUCAAUGGAACUACCGCACCAACGGCUACGUCAAAAUUGGGUAUUUCUUUUUAAAA